AUGGCUAGAAAUUGUCCAGUUUUUUCUUUGUUUUCUAAAUUAUCCCUUUUAGUCUUCAUCAAUUUGUGUCUUUAUUCCUUGAUUGAAGGAAAAACUGGUGGUUUUUCUACUCAUCUCAUACAUCGUGACUCUCCAAAAUCGCCCUUGUAUAAUCCCUCCAACUCCCACUUUGAAAGGCUUCAUGAAGCUUUUCAUCGUUCCUCUGCUCGAGCCGAGUAUUUCAAGAAAAGAAUCUCCCAUUCUCGUUCCAACAACCGUUUCUCACGUUCUUCUUCCAAUCCAUUCCGGUCCACCACCAUACCUGCUGAUGGCGAGUAUCUCAUGAAAGUAUCCAUCGGAACCCCUCCGGUUGAUCUCCUGGCCAUUGCUGACACAGGAAGCGAUAUGACGUGGAUAGAAUGCAAGCCCUGCAAUGGAUGCUUCAACCAACACUUCCCUCUUUUCGAUCCUAAUAAAACAAAAUCUUAUCGACAUUUAUUAUGCAACUCCUCGUUGUGUUGGGGACCUGGAGUUACUUGUGAACCUGAAAAUAAAUGUGGGUAUUCAGAAUUGUAUGCAGAUGGUUCUUCUAGUGAUGGGGAUCUUUCUACGGAAACUUUUACAUUCGAAUCAAGCUCUGGAAGAAAGUUAAGAAUCCCAAAUGUUGUUUUCGGUUGCACGCACAAGACUGGUGGCGGCUUCGGGGAAACUGCGUCCGGGAUUGUUGGACUAGGAGGUGGAGCAUUGUCGAUUAUCAGGCAAUGGACUGAAUCAAUUGGUGGUAAAUUUUCCUACUGUGUUGUUCCCAGAGAUUCAAACUCGUCGAGUACGAUCACUUUCGGUAGCAAUGCUGCUCUUUCAGGCAAUGGAGUAGUUUCAACUCCAUUGAUCCGGCAGUUUCCAGAUACGUACUACUAUGUAAAUUUAAUAGGCUUCAGCGUUGCAAAUAUGAGGAUUCCCUACAAGGAGAUAUCCAACCUAGGCAAUUCUUUCCCCAAUGAUACUGUGACCGGUAACAUCUUCAUUGAUUCUGGAACAAUGCUAACGUAUGUCCCUCUGGAGUUUUACCAAAAAUUGGAAUCAGAUAUUAUCAAAACAGCAAGGGGUACACGGGUUACUGAUCCGUCAGGCUUCUAUGGCCUCUGCUAUAAGGUUGAAAAACGUCUACAGAUUCCCAAAAUUGUUGCUCGCUUUGCUGGUGCUGAUAUACUUUUACCUCCAAAUGGUACAUUUCUUGAAGUCUAUGAUGGGGUGGUUUGUUUGGCUAUAGUUCCAGUGGAUCCAGCUGAUAACCUUGCAAUUUUUGGGAACCUGUUGCAGGUAAAUCAUCUUAUUGAAUAUGAUCUUGUAAACAAUAAGGUCUCCUUCUUGCCAAUUGACUGCACCAAAUAUAAGUAG